GCAGUGAUUAGCAAAUCCAUCCUUAAUUUAAGCAUUGAACCUAAUUCCACCUUCAACUUUGACAAUUCUGCGUUCUUCAUCGUCCAAUUAAGGUAUUUCAUUGAUUCAUUUUCAUCUCCCUCAUAUUCAAUCUCCCCUGCUUCAACCUCAAACCCUAUCAAUUGUUCUCAAACAAAAACCGUUGCUUGUUUCAAUUAUCAGAAAAUGAAACGCAAGAUGCUUUUGUCAUCGAUGAAUCUUUAGAUCUGCGGUCAAAAUUUUAAAUCUGAAACAUCCCUCCACAGAUCUGCAAUUAGCCGUAUAGUUUUGGUGUUUUAGUUCGAUCUGUAGGUCUUUUUCACCACUGCAUUUUUCAGAGUUUUGUGGAGAUGGGUGGAGGAUUCAGAGUGCUGCAUCUUGUCAAGCCUUUCCUCUCGUUUCUGCCAGAAGUUCAGAGUGCGGAUAGGAAGGUGCCCUUCAGAGAGAAGGUCAUAUACACUGUGAUCUCUCUUUUCAUCUUCCUGGUGUGCAGUCAGCUCCCUCUAUAUGGCAUACAUUCUACAACUGGCGCUGAUCCCUUUUAUUGGAUGCGUGUUAUUCUUGCAUCAAACCGCGGUACUGUGAUGGAGCUUGGAAUAACACCAAUUGUGACUGCUGGGAUGGUGAUGCAGCUAUUGGCUGGUUCAAAAAUCAUUGAAGUGGACAACAAUGUCAGAGAGGAUCGUGAACUUUUAAACGGGGCUCAAAAGCUGCUAGGCAUCUUGAUUGCAAUAGGAGAGGCAAUUGCUUAUGUCCUAUCAGGGAUGUAUGGAAGUGUAAACCAAUUAGGGGUUGGGAAUGCCAUUCUAAUUAUUAUCCAACUUUGCUUUGCUGGCAUCAUUGUCAUGUGUUUAGAUGAACUCCUCCAGAAGGGAUAUGGUCUUGGUUCUGGGAUUUCCCUAUUUAUAGCUACCAAUAUAUGUGAAAGUAUUAUCUGGAAAGCAUUCAGUCCAACAACCAUUAAUACUGGUCGUGGAGCUGAGUUUGAAGGUGCUAUUAUUGCUUUGUUUCAUCUACUGAUAGCUCGAACGGACAAAGUAAGGGCUCUCAGAGAGGCUUUCUACCGGCAAAAUCUUCCCAAUGUUACCAAUCUGCUUGCCACAGUUUUGAUCUUCUGCGUUGUUAACUAUUUCCAAGGUUUUCGCGUGGUCCUUCCUGUAAGAUCAAAGAAUGCACGUGGACAACAAGGCUCUUAUCCAAUCAAAUUAUUUUAUACCUCCAACAUGCCCAUCAUUCUUCAAUCUGCACUUGUAUCCAACCUUUAUUUCAUAUCUCAGUUGCUAUACAGGAAGUACGGUGGAAACUUCCUUGUCAAUUUGUUGGGUAUAUGGAAGCAAUCUGAAUACUCUGGCCAGUCUGUCCCUGUUGGUGGACUUGCUUACUAUGUUACUGCACCAUCAAGCCUGGCGGACAUGAUGGCGAACCCAUUCCAUGCUCUUUUCUACAUAGUGUUCAUGCUUUCGGCUUGUGCGCUUUUCUCGAAGACAUGGAUUGAAGUUUCUGGGUCUUCAGCUAGAGAUGUUGCCAAACAACUUAAGGAGCAACAAAUGGUGAUGCCCGGACACCGGGACUCGAAUCUGCAGAAGGAACUGAACCGUUACAUCCCCACUGCGGCUGCAUUUGGAGGAAUGUGCAUCGGCGCAUUGACUGUGUUGGCCGACAUGAUGGGCGCCAUCGGCUCCGGAACCGGUAUUCUUCUUGCUGUCACAAUCAUCUAUCAGUAUUUUGAGACUUUUGAGAAGGAGAAAGCCACUGAACUUGGCUUCUUGGGCUUGUGAUUUUCACUUUGAUGUCCCUUGUGCUUAAAAAGCCAAAGACAAAAGAAACACAUUUUCAUCUCUUUUUUUUUUUUUUUAAAAAAAUAGAUUUCUAAUCAACGUUGAUGAGUGCACUGCAAAAGUAGGCGUGAUCUAAUAUGUACCUGUUUUGAUUUAGCACGUUUUUUUAUGUAAG